CUUUUAGAGGAGAGAAAAGUUAUAAAAUAGUAAGAUGAGCUUGUUUUUUUAGCGGAUGAGUAGGAAUGCUCUUAGGAUUGUGUAAUCACGCAUCUCCAAUUCAAGCCACUCCACCCUGCGACGAGACAACACUGCAAUGGAGGGACAUGAUUCAGAAGUUUCAGAUGAUCCCAAGCAAAAAACCACUGAUAUGACUGUGUUUGUACAAAACCUUCUUGAGCAAAUGCAAACCAGGUUUCAAGCUAUGUCUGAGAGCAUUAUUACUAAGAUAGACCAGAUGGGAAACCGCAUUGAUGAACUCGAACAAAGCAUUAAGGAGCUGAAAGCAGAAAUAGGAGCGGAGGACUCUCCCUCACCAGAUCCAUCAUCAAACUCUAAGUCGGAGGGCAAACCAGACGAAACUUCAGAAUGAUCUCUAUAUAGGUGCCUACCUUUUGGGUUUUUUCUAUGUUCAAAUGCCAAUAUUAAGAAUUGUUUUUUCUUGUGUGUUACGGUAGAGAUUUGUUGUAUUUAGAUUGUAGAUAAAUUGCAACCCUCUUUGCCCUUUCCUUAAAAGGGUACCCAUGCCA